AUGCGAAUCCUGGCGACGUACGACCGGGUGGUGGCAACUUACCCUGCCGGAAGCUACAAUACUAAAAAGCCCAUCGAGGCGUCUAGGGGCAAUGUCAUAGCUCUGCGGACUUCCCUACUUUCGUCAUACCUCAGCGUGGGCCUGUCCUUUUACGACGACAGGCCGAAAGAUACCUCGGCUACUGAUGCAGUAGUCGCCUGCUCCAUGCCUGUACUGCAACUUGUCGAAGCUGUCAACAGCAUGAAAGAUGCCAAAGACAUUGGGGAGAAGGCCAAGGAAGAAGCAAAGAAGGACCUCAUCUUAAAGAUACUUACCAUUGUCUCCAUGGUGAUCCCCUUUGUCGGUGAGGCCCUUGGCCCUUUAGUCGGCAGCGCUGUAUCAGUCGCUCGGGUUGCCCUUCUUAUCGGCGAAGCGGACAGCCGAGUCUUAUCGGUAUCGGAAAACAUCGGGACCCGUCGUCUGCGCCGUUUGAGAUGUUAG